AUGUCCAAUUUACGCGAUAUUUCAUCGAAAAAAUCCCGCCCCAAUAUAAAUGUGGCCAUUCAUCCCAACCCGGGCACACCGCCCACCGGUGGCAGCGGAUCCGCGGACGGUUCCGAUCAAAAAUCCAUCUUCUUCAACGAAAUAUCGCAAAUAAUGCGCGGAUACGGUGACUGUGAAAAACCACUCCGCGAAUCGGUCCUGCUGGUGGAAAAGAUUGUGCUACAGCAGCUACGCGGCAUCAUGCAGGAAGCAAUCGAUCAUGCCAUGUCGCGACCAAACUCACCAACCCUUUCGCGCCGUGAUUUCGAGUACAUAAUGCGCAAAAAUCAGAUCCGCGUGGCACGGUUACAAAAAUACUUCCGCGAUAUGGCACUGAUGAAAAAGCGACUGAAGGAUCUGUGCGGAGGACGCUAUCCGCAUCUGAAUCUUAGUGCGUGUUCCGAAACGUCGGACGAUGAUUCUGACCGGGAGGUGCCGGAAAAGUAUGACGAGGAAAAGGUACGCCGCCUGUUCCGGGCCGAUCGUAUUUCGCAGAUCCUGAUCGGGAAACAGUACGACGAUUAUGUAGCGGCCCGCCGGGCUUCUUUUAUGCACCGAAAUACGGAAGUGAUGAAGAGCAAGAUGCGGCUGUGGCUGAACAUUCCGGAGGAUGUGAACAUUACCCCGAGCUGUUUGCUGACGUUGGCUUAUUUGGCACACGAAACGAUUGCGGUGCUGGUGGACUUUUGUAUACUUUCGCGAUUGAAUUCUUCCAACAGAAACGUUGAUCCGUACAGCAGAGUGACGCCUUCUGGCAAAUCGUACAACAUGCUCCACACCUGUCCGGAAGUGUAUCAGGGCCGUGGGCUGGACGGUGUAAAACCCAUCACACCGCAAGAAAUCACAGAAGCGAUGCGUCGACAUCGCCAGAUGGCAAUGCGAAGUUCGGGUCGCUAUAGAAACGCGCUUAAUUUUAAACCUCCAUACCUGGCGAUGUAA